AUCGCCACUGCUUCUGAAUGGAAGAUAAGAUAAGUAGUGUCAUUUAUCUAUAUCACUUCCUUGACAUGACAAAUACACUCAAAUCGACCAUGGGCAAGGUACUUUUAAGAUCGAAAGAGAUGGACUUGUUUGUUCUAGUUGUUUGGUUGUUUCUUCUCAUCGAUUCAGCAACUGCCAUACAAUGCUUAAGUUGUGCACCAAUGCCGAGCAGUAUUCCGUGUGUAAUCACCUCGCAGUGCUUAACUGGACAAGAUUGCUAUGCUCGUUACGUGUUGAAACCUUCUGGGACGGUAAUUUACCAAUUCGGUUGUCACGAUAGUCAGACGUGCCCUAGCCAGAUGUCCAUUGUCGGCAAGCGUGCAACGGGCGACAUUCAACUGUGCUAUAAAUGUUGUCGGGGAGACAUGUGCAAUCAAGGCUCACUUUGUACAGGACCUUCAACAUCGGUCAAUCCACUUGUGUUUUCGACAACGGUUUCCAAGACAACGGUUUCAAUGAUAACUUCAAAAAUUACAACAACAACUCCUACCACCAUUACUUCAGCGACCACAGGCUUUACAACCCCUGCCAACCCGUGUUCCUCAAGUCCGUGUAUGCGUGGGCAAUGCUUUAUAGGCAGCGGAAACACUCCAACAUUCUUCUGCCUGUGUCCAAGUGGUUAUACUGGACUGCACUGCGAAACAUUAGAAAUCAACCCGUGUUCGCCCAACCCAUGCGUGCGUGGAUCCUGUUUCACUGGCAACGCGAAUACUCCUGCAUUCUUUUGCCUGUGUCCGAGUGGCUUCACCGGACUUCACUGCGAAACAGUCGUCACUGUUCCCGGGAUCUGCAAGCGAGACGUUGUGUUCGUGUUCGACCAAACAACUAGUAUGGGAGAAUUGAACUUCCGGCUGUCUACAAAUUACACCGAAGAAAUUCUUGACCAGAUGAACAUCGGAAACGAUAUGAUUCGAGCGGCCUUCGUUAUCUAUAAUGCAGAAAUUCAGGUCGCAUGGACACUUGCCGAUGUUUCCUCUCAUCAAAACUUGGCAAACAUGAAAUCCUACCUGCAUAGUCUGACCUACCAUGGCGGAGAAUCGAGUCCCGAACUAGCGCUUCGGGAGGUCUACGAACAUAUCAAAACCAACUCGAAUAGCCACAGGCCGGGCACUGACAUGGUAGUGAUACUUUUCACCGACGGCAAAACCAUAAAUGCAACGGAGACGCGUCUAUGGGCAACACUUGUGAAGAGCAUCCCGAGUCAAUUGUUUGUGGUUGCCAUGGAUAUGGUUCAAGGAUACGAUUUGCAUGAACUGACACAGUGGACUACUGACAGCGGGCAUGUCAUCCAGCCGUUACGUGCGACGACUAUUUUGAAUGACGUUCCAAGAAUUCUUACUUUGAUGUGUCAAUGAAAUUUAAAGAAAUGUUUAUGAAAUAAUGUAAGUGUUGUAGUGUUAGCAAUAUUAAAAGCCAUGACUUCAAA